AUGUCCGCUCGUGCCCAUUCUCCACCCACUUCGACCUUCAGUUCGCAAUCUGACACUGCGCCCAUCGUCUCUCCCUCGGUCUCCCAAUCGCCCACGACUGAUUCAGAAAAAUCCAGCAAACGACGAUUGUUCGGCCUGGUCAAGAGAAAGGACAACUCCUCCGACAGUGCCGUCAUCGACGCGAAUACCAACGCGACUCAGUCCGAGCCGGCAGCUGCAGCCACUCCAGCAAACAUGAAUCCUCUCACUUCAUCGCCCUCUCCGCCCAAUCGCUUCGCCGCCGCCUCACCGACCCGUCUACCGUUUGCUCUGGCACAGAGUCAAUCAACCUCGACUCUGGCCUCGUCGCAAAUCUUUGAGCGCAACGUCCAAGAGUCGAUUGUACCCAGUGAAUUGUCACCCGCUAUUCCCGCACACAUCCAGACCGAGGACCAUAUUCCUGCCGUCCUCGAGGCCUCUUCCCUCGCCAUUACAGAUACCCACCUAGAUCCAGAUCAAGUCGAGAUUGUCACUCACACAGCUCAUCAACCCGCGUCCGAGAAAGUCGCAGAGGGUACAGCGGCCGUCCUUCAUUCGGAUGCACAGCUUCCCGUCUCACCACAAGACUCGCAACACGAAAGCUUCCACUCGGUCAACUCUCACCCGCCAGAUCUUGACGAUGCCGCGUCAAACUACGGCGCUUUGGAUCCCGCAGAUGUGCGCAGAUUGAGCUUCAUCUCCUUUGCCGACGUCGUCCAGGCAGAACAGGCCGAAUCCAAGGAUUCUUUACAUCAUCAUACACCACUGUCUGCAAGCACUCUCAGCCAGGCUCAGACCCACUCUCCNCCGCUACCUCGCUCACCGUCACCUGCGCGCUCGCCCUUAUCUUCUCAAUAUUCGCAAGAGGUGACAACCCCGCCGAUUGGGAGCAAUCCGACAUCAAUCAAGGGCUUUGACAUGAGCCCGGUACGCAGCCCCAUCGGCAGCCCCGCUCACCAGCAACAUGGAGAACUCACGAUUGAGACAAUGCGCCAGGCACUGCGUAAGACAGCCAGUGGAGAUUUUACGGGAACCAAGAUAGCUCCAUAUCCAGCAAGCUCGACAGGCCUUGAAGAUGGCGGUCUUACGAGAGACGGCUUCAGAUGA